AGUAGUCACUGAGCCUCUAACCAUGAAUAGAAGAAGAAGAAUGCAUAGAAAGAGUGUGAGCCAGAACAGUCCGGUCUGGAUAGAACGUGGCUAUGCACACAAGUACCAUUCAAAUUUGACUUCUGUACAGAAGCAAAUUCAGAUCAGCAUGAAGGUUAUUCGAGUUGGAUAUUACUAAAUCCCACCCCCUACUCCUCCCUUAAAAGGGAUUGAAUUUCCUUUGCUUAUGUUUCUCUGGAAGAGGAGCAGUAUACGUGUAUGCUUUUUCAGGAAGAGAGUGGGACACUUGUGUGCUCUCGGUCUGAAUGUGGAUUUACAGUUUGGUUCUAAUGCGCUCACAUCCCACAGUGCCAGGAGUACAACACCGUGUUUUCCCCCUCAAAAGGGAUUUACACACUUCAAGAAGAAGAUUGCCUUGUGUUAAAGAUACUCCAGAAUCAUGGCUUGGCUGCUUGUUAGAACUUGCUUCCCAAAAAUUGCCCCCAGAGGCAAAUUUUCAUAUAAAACCAGAACAUGGAGCAGCGGGGGGCUGACUGCAUAUAUGCCAGAAGCCACCACUUUUCCUGGACCACCAAGGGACCACCAAGGCUUGUACCAAGUGUCCGUGGAGCAAACAGAUGCAUUCUGGGGAGCACUAGCGAGAAACCGGCUUAUGUGGAUAAGUCCUUUUCAUUCUGUUAGUAACUGCAACUUACAGCAGGGAGACGUGUCCUGGUUCCUUGGAGGGAAGCUAAAUGUAGCAGUCAACUGUUUGGAUCGACAUGUCCACAAAGCUCCAAAUAAAGUGGCCCUGAUCUGGGAGAAAGAUGAGCCUGGCCAAGAGGAACGAAUUACAUACAGGGAACUGCUGGAGAUGACAUGCCGCCUUGGGAACACCUUAAAGCGACAGGGAGUGAAGAAGGGCGACCGAGUCACCAUUUACAUGCCCCCCUGUCCAAUGGCCGUGGCAAGUAUGUUGGCCUGUGCUCGGAUUGGAGCAAUACAUGCAGUGGUAUUUGCUGGAUUCAGUUCUGUUGCAUUGGCUGACAGAAUUCGAGAUGCUCAGUCAGAAACAGUGAUCACAGUAAACCAAGGCAUGCGAGGGGGCAAGGUUGUGGAACUAAAGCAGACAGUGGAUCAGGCUGUAAAAUUGUGUCCAGAUGUGAAGCGAGUUUUUGUUUCAAUGAGAACAGAUGAGAAGGUUCCCAUGUCAGGCCUGGAUAUACCACUGGAGGAGGAAAUGAUGAAGGAAGAUGUGGCUUGUGAGCCUGUUGCCUUGGAGAGUGAAGAUGCACUGUUCCUCCUCUAUACUUCAGGAAGCACUGGAAAACCCAAAGGACUGGUCCACUCUCAGGCAGGCUAUUUGCUGUUUGCUGCUAUCACACACAAGUAUGUGUUUGACUACCAUGAUGGAGACGUCUUUGGCUGUGUCGCAGACAUUGGUUGGAUCACAGGACACAGCUAUGUGGUAUAUGGACCUUUGUGUAAUGGAGGAACUACGGUCCUUUUUGAAAGUACUCCAGUGUAUCCUAAUCCAGGGCGUUACUGGGAAACUGUGGAGAGGUUAAAGGUAAAUCAAUUCUAUGGCGCGCCUACAGCUAUUCGCCUACUACUUCGAUACGGAGAUGAUUGGGUAAAGAAAUAUGACAGAUCUUCCCUCAAAAUCCUUGGGUCAGUGGGAGAACCCAUCAACACAGAAGCCUGGGAGUGGUACUUCAAUGUGGUUGGAGAUGGACGGUGCCCCGUAGUUGACACAUGGUGGCAAACUGAAACAGGAGGCAUCUGUAUUGCUCCUCGUCCUUCGAACCAUGGAGAUGAGAUCCUUCCAGCCAUGGCCAUGAGACCAUUCUUUGGCAUCAGACCUUCCCUUCUGGAUGACAAAGGAAAUGUCUUAUCACAGAACAAUGUCUCUGGAGCUCUCUGCAUUUCUCAGGCCUGGCCAGGUAUGGCAAGGAGCAUCUACAAGGACCACCAGAGGUUCCUGGAGACCUACCUGAUGCCUUAUCCAGGAUAUUUCUUCACUGGUGAUGGAGCAUAUCGGACAAGUAAAGGAUACUACCAGUUGACAGGCCGACUUGAUGAUGUCAUCAAUGUCAGCGGGCACAGGCUGGGUACUGCUGAGAUAGAAGAUGUCCUGAAUAAGCACCGGGCAGUGGCAGAGUCAGCUGUGAUUGGAUAUCCUCACAAGAUCAAAGGAGAAGGUGCCUAUGCAUUCAUCGUACUGAAGAAUGGCUCUAAUCUCUCCCAAGAGAGCCUGACCUCUGAGCUUCGGGGGCUGGUUUCAAAAGAGAUUGCAAAAUAUGCAGCACCAGAAUAUGUUCAGGUAGCUCAGCAUCUGCCAAAGACUCGUUCAGGGAAGAUUAUGCGGAGGGUUCUGAAGAAGAUUGUAGAAGACAAAGCAGAUGAACUUGGAGAUCUGACAACCCUGGAUGACCACAAGGCGGUGAAAGAGAUCAUUGAGGGUCAUAAGCAACUUCUGCAGAAAGAGCAGGGCUGGUAGCCCAAGUGCUCCAGACACCCAAAGCCAUGUCAAGCAAAGUAUUUUGCAAGAAGUGGUCUUUCUGCUCCUAUAAUCCCUUGCAGAAGGGAAAGCAAGUUUAUUCACUGUGAAUGAAGAAUUUCAAAAGCAGCCACCAAGCAGAUAUUUUCAAAGAGGGUGAGGGAGUAUAUAGGCAAUUGCUGAGAAAAAGGGGAAGAGUGUGGUGCAGACCAGCUUCAUUUCUUUUCCAAACCUCUCCCAGUUGUCAGUGUAUGUGUUCCAAGACUAAUAUAGGAGACUGAAACCAAAGUCUGCAGUGAAGAAAACUCCCAACUUUCAAUUAAAAAAUCUUCACGUUUAAACAGAUUUGCAGAAGUUUAACUACGUACUUUAUUUCAAGUUCUGGGGAAAAAACCUUCCGUGGUUAAAUGAAAAAAGGGGGAAUGAAUGGAUGGAGAGAAAAUAUAUAAAGAAUAGGAUGUUGUGCAGAAGUCUUGCCUGUUGACUACUGGAGGCCUUACAGUGACUGAUUCUGGACUUUAAAACAAUAAAGGACACACACAUUUUCA